AUGACCCGCUGGGCCAGGCAUGGGAAGAACAGCACCGCCGCCCCGAACCGGAAAGUCUGCCCUGCUUCAUCCUGGCAGGAGCUGCAGGGGGGAGCGGAUAGGAAGGACAACAAAAAUGGGGGCUCUGGGCCGGCUAAAAGGGGGGCUCCCCAGCCAUGGAAUGGGCCCCAGGGGAAGAGGAGGAAAAUCAAACCCAGUAAGGAUUCCUACCUGAACCAGGAUGUGAAUGGCUUCAGGGAGUACCAGGAGGCCCAGGACAGCAGCUCCUUCCACUGGAAGGAUGAGAGGAGGGAGAACAGGAGGAUGAAAAGACAAACUAACAAGAAGGACAGGAUGGUGAGGGGAACUCAAUAAUGAUACAGAGAUACAUAAAACUUGUAUUAAUAAUAAUAUAUUAUUUUUGUAAAAAGCGUCUUAUGAGAACAUCGUAUGUUAUGUUCUAGCGAAAGUAUUUAAAGCUGUAUUCUCUAGCGUAAUGUCGCUGCUUUGGCUAUCCGUAAGAGAAAAGAGAGCAAAAAAAAAAAAAAAUAGUUUUAUGUACGUAAAGAUUGCUGAAGAAAUUGCAGAGAUCAGAAAAGCUCCUAAUGUAAAGCAGUCAGUGGUCUUGUGCAAUUACUCCAGAAGAAUUAAGCUAUUUCUACACCUUUUACUUGGAAAGCCAGACACAACCGAAGUUAGCGUAAUGGGCCACUAGGAGGUUGCUAUGGUCCAUGCUAAGCAAUGAUAGCAGUUCAUUCAUGUAGUGAUCUGUGUGUCAGAAGCAAAGUAAAAUGUGCUCAGUAGUAUAAACCAUCCAGUAGAGGUCUCCCGUAUACACAAACCCCCAAGUUCCUAAUUCGGAUACAAGUUUAAAAAAAAAAAAAAAACUGGUUUGAAAGUGUCUAGUAAAAAAUAAAGAGAUUGAAUGAGGAGGAAAAGGUAUCCUAAAUAGGAUGAAUAGUCUGCUCUCUGGUAUUCCUAGUCUCAAAGAGUAUCUGUCGUAUCCGUACGUAUUUCACCACUUGUCAACCUUACCAAAUAGAAUAUAAGAAAUUAAAUCAUGGAGGAAAACCAGUGAAUUGUCUGUCAAGCGCACACGGUAUUGUCAUAUCACUCAAUGUGCGUUUCACCCUUAGCACUGGAAUCAUUAGGAAUGCAAACCAUAAUUGAAAUGUCGGGUUUAAAUUACCCCUCCUAAAGUGCUAACUGGUUGACCCCAUUUGAUCAUGUGGCCAGUCUUAAAUUUCGUUAUUGUUUCAUUUUCACACCGAAUGAUCCAUUAGGAUAUGUUUUAAGCGUGCAAGUUUCAAAAUGCGUAAAUACAUUGGACAAAUCAUAUAGUAUGUGGUGGAUGGAGUUAUUGAUUGUAACCGCUUGUAUUGGUCAAAGGAGGCAGCGCUAUACACUAGUUCCUCCAAUCACGUUUAGGUGGCAGAUGAGGCCCAAUAACUUCAUGCAAAUAAUCAGUGACAUGCGUUCUUGGUUGGCAUGAAAACAUAAACAAAAGGGGCACAUGUUCUCUGUAAUUGAAGAAUGAUUGAAUACCUUAGCGAGAGGACGCUACGUUCCUGAACGGGAUAAAUGUGGUAAGUAUAUAUGAAUAACAAAUACCGGCUUGUCAGAUGGUGAAAUACCCUGAUUAUUCAAACCUAAAGAAGCAAUUUGUACCUGAAUGUUGCACUGGUGAAUAUGGACAAUUGAGACACAGAAGAUCACAGAGGUAUAAGGUGAUCGGCAUGUAUUAAAAUUCACCUGGAAAUCACCAGUGUAUUAGAGCUAGUGUAGGCUAAACAGUAAACUGCCUAGAAGAUAGUCUUUCAUCAAAAUAAAUGUCUGGGAUAGAUUAGAAUAGUACCUGUCAGUAGCUGAAACGACUCUCUAUGUUGUAAACAUCCAUCCUUUUAUCGAGGAACAAUGUUAAAAUAGUGCUAGCAGUAAAACAAUGUGGAUCAUGUCUAAAUUUUUACAGUGACUGCUGUUUCUAAGCACAGCCUUGUAAUCAGGAUACCACUGAGCCCUUGACACGUGCGUUUCGCCACUAGUCUCAUCAGAUCGUUCCUCGAUAAAAGGAUGGACAUUACUACAUAGUCGUUUCAGCUAUUGACAUGCCCUCAAAGGCACAGACAGGGAACUAGCAAUAGCUAUACUAGUGGAGUUACACUCAUCACUGCACGACCUAUAACUCUGCAAUUUAUGAGUUAGUUUAUUUUGUAACGCCAUUUAGGUGAUAGUUCCCCACUGACUCUCCUCUAGCACAUUCAGCAGCUCUGUUUCCUGAGAGGAGAAUGCGACCAUGAUGUGCACUCAAUGUGUGUCCACCAAACACAAAACGUGGGUGAAAUUGAUCUAGCCAGACACUAGUUUCAGGCAGGACCUGGUGGCAUGCCCAAGACCGCAAAAUGUAACUGAUUUUAAGAUCUUAACUAGUUAUUUACAGAAGUUAAAAAAAAGUAACCAUUUGCACUGUUUCAUUUUAUUAUAUUGGGUCUGGUAUAAUAUCCAUCACUUUUACACUAAAUAAAUGCAUGUACUGUUCUUUCCUUUAGAUCUGUUUUCAUUGUCGGAAGCCUGGACAUGGCAUGGCAGAUUGUGCAGCGGUGUUGAGAUGUCAAGAAACUGGAACAGGAAUCUGUUUUCGCUGCGGGUCUACAGAGCACGAAGUCACUAAAUGCAGAGCUAAAGUGGAUCCAGGCCUUGGUACAUGUGAGAUAUAUGAUAUGCUUUGGGAAUAAUCAUAUGAAAGUACAGUAUGUGUUGUAGAAGUUGCAAAUUCAUGAUGGCUCAUGUAGGUUAAGGGAUACUGAAUUCUUACCAUAAAUAUUCUUAGACUCCCAUCUCCCAUAACCCUCUGGAGUUCUAUGCUUGGAUAACAAUUACAGGAUUGUGGCAUGGUUCACCAUCUGCUGUAGGUAGUUCCCAUGUCCUUAAAAGGACAAUAGUGUGAAAUGAGAGCAAAUCUCUUGUUUGAUGUUUAAGCCAUGUAUCUAAAGUAUGAAGAACUGUGCCCAUUGAUGUUUGUGGGGUAGUGUAGAUUGUGCACUUAAAUCUUGCAUAACUACGAUUGGCAGAUGGUGGUUUAUAAUCUGCAAGUGCUCCUGAUACAGUAAGUGUGGAAUGAGUGCAGACCUUUUACAUAGUAGGAAAUUAGUUUAUUUGGUUCUCUGAUAUUAUAUUAAUAUAAAUUCUUAAUAUACAAUUUGAUGAUUACAGGAAGACAUUUUUUAAGAGAAAAGCUUUCAGGAAAUGUUCGUUGUCUUUUCUUAGUUCUGCAAAGAGUUGAUGUAAAUGCAAGCAUAAGGGAAUAUUUUCUAGUUAUUAUUUUAUAAAAAUCACCCAGGAAACCAAUGUGAUCAUGAGCACCUAUUAUAUAAUCAUUUACUUGCUAUAGUCUAAUUAUAUCAGCUGACAGGAGCAUGGGCUUUGAAUAAGCAAUUGUAUUUUACAUUCAUUCUCCCAACUCAUUCCUUAUUAUUGGAACACUAUAGGGUCAGGACUACAAACAUAUAUUCCUGACCCUAAAGUGUUAAAAACACACGUCGUGUCCCUGGAUCCCCCUUAACCCUUUAAAUCAUUUAAAAAAAAAAAAAUUUUACAUUUUUUUUUAAACUUACCUUUUCUCCAGCGCCGCGCGCUUGUUCCUCCUCUCUGGUUGACAUCAUCAGAACUGACUCUCAAUGCUUUCCCACAUGAAUGAUCUCAGCCAAAGAGGCAUGGCUGGGAGUGGUUUCAAAUGCCACUCUAGCCAAUCAAUGCAUCUCUGCAUAUUUGUUAAAUAUAGAAAUACGCUCUCAUAAUAUUAAAAAGUGACAGUUCCCCUUUAAAAUAUCUUCAUAAGUCAUCCACUUUUUACUCAACAUGGUAGGGUGUUCAUUAGCUGAAUUUAAUAGUAAUAAAUAUGCAGUUUAGCCAUCAGGAUUUAAAUAAUAUAUUAUACAGAUUGUGUUAUGUCCUUCUGCUAAUUUGAUUAAUAUUCUUAUGCAACAAAGUCACCUGGCUUUUAGCUUUGUGUCUGUUCCAUGUCAUUUAUAUCUCUGAAACAUCCAGAACAUCAAUCAUUUUAUAUGUAGUUGUGCCAAUAUGAUUUUGUCUCUUUUAGGAGAGUUUCCAUAUGCCAAGUGUUUCAUAUGUGGAGAGAUGGGGCAUUUAUCACGUUCAUGUCCAGACAACCCUAAAGGACUCUAUGCUGCAGGUAAAAAAUUAAAGCAUUUUUUUUUUUUGCUCUUUUCAAGGCAAUGCUGAAAUAAGUGUUAUGAAAAAUUAUUGUUAACCAUACCAAUUUUGGUCAUCAGUACAUGGUGAUAUGAACAAAUCGCCCUAAAAUAAAUGUUCUUCUUCCAGCACUGUGCAAAGCUUGAUUAAUUAGUCUAAAAAUACUUUCUGAACCUUGUCUGUUUAGGUGCAUAAUUUAUGAACAAACUUAAAUUGUGUUGCUGAGACCUUUCAGGUAAAUCUGCUUAAGCCGCACUAGUGACUUUCACAAAAAGUACUUCCUGAAAAAGAACCUAGAUAUUUUGUUUCUGUAUCGCACAGUCUAUUUAAUGUUGAAGUUCUUAUCUUCGCACCUGUUAAUAGUCUCCUAGACCGCUCUGGUGAAUCCUGUGUAUGAUGAACCUUCAAUUUACAGAACAGGAGAUAAAAACUUCUAAAGAAAGUUAUCUGAAAAAAGGCACUUCUUUUAAUAUGGGGUGGUGUGACUAGGGCCUCAUGGACUGAAACAAAUAUGAUUUAACUCCUAAAUGGCAUAUAAUUGCACGGGCAUGAUCUAUGCACCCAAACUGCUUCAUUAAGCUAAAGUUGUUUUGGUGACUAUAGUAUCCUUUUUAAAACAAAUUUAUUUUUUUGUUAAAUAAAUAUAAAUAUAUAUAUAAUGUCUACACACACAGCAUAGACAACGUGCACCAAGCAAACUGACUCCAUACAACGUGUUUUGUAUACUAUCAUGCCUUAAGAAAUACCUAAAGGGUGCCUGUCGUGGUGCCUACAACUUAUGCCGUUUUAAGCAUAAAAUUUAAUCUAUACAUUGUGCUAGCAAAUGAAUUGUUUGGGAGAGUAACCUAUUUAAAAAUGUUGAUGCCCAAGAACUCACUGACCAGGGAGAGCAGUAGAGACCUCCCAUAAAUCGUCCUUCUGCUCUCCACACAUAGCAACAACAGUGCAUGCGCUAUGGUAACUCUGCUAGCACUGGCUAGGAAGUAUAAGAAUGGUGUCACUCCGGUCAGACGCUGACAUCACGGAUGAGGUUUGCUCUUCUUGGGGACACAUCCUCAAGCAGGGCAAAUCAAAUAAGACUGCGGGAGUAGUAAAGGCAAACUGGAGGUAGGUGUUAGAGAAGAGUAACACUGACGUUGCUGAAGACAUGGUGGCAUGGGUCAGAGGUAAGGUGAAUUUAUAUCUCUAUGCAGGCACACUCUGACGGGGAGAGAGGCGCGCACUCUGACGGGGAGAGAGGCGCGCACUCUGACGGGGAGAGGCAACGCUCCUCAGGGUGACUGGCCGACUCCAUUGUUCCCUUAUCCUUCCUAGCUAAAGGGCUUCAAAUCCCAGUCGCCAGGGUAAAAUUUCUAGUCGCCAUGGCGACCUGGCGCCUGGGAUUUGUCGAGCCCUGAUUUAUGUUAAGGUGAACCUAUCACUUUAAUAAGUCUUGUUCAUUUGAUUAGUGAACCCUAUUUCUUUGUAUAAUAUUGAUUAAACCAUGAUACAUACAACAGCUGAGUGCAGCAUUAACACUUUGUGUAUUAUGCAGAUUGUUACGCAAUCUUCCAUGUUUAGGUUGUAGUUGAUGGGGAAAACCUGUCUGAUUAUCUGUUCACAGAUUUAGAGAUGUCUGAUAUUUUAAAAAAGUAUGUUUUUUGUGCACUCUGAUUAAUAUUUCCUGGUACCUUGUUACAAAAAGAAAUGUAGAGGUUUCCAUUUGUGAUGCAUGCGCACUAGUUUUAUUAAGUGGAUAUGUCUUUCCCGCAGGUGGCAGCUGUAGGAUUUGUGGUUCAGUGGAACAUUUUCAGAGAGACUGCCCGAAGCAUCAUAACUCAGGUGAGGAUUAGUUACAAAAUAUAUAUUUUUAAAGGGCCAGUACAGGUUACCCUCUACAAAUGCAUUGCAAGCAGAAAUCGCAGACGAGUACCUCCCAGACCAAGAAAGCAGCCUUACUAUAGCUGUCUGUCUGCUGAGUGUUUUCUUCCAUGUGACAUUCUCAGUUGGGUGCUGUAGCAGUUUAGAUUUGUGUAUUUGUCUUGUACAAAUAAUAGUGCUGUUGUCACCUAGACAAACAGAUCCCUAUCCCCAUGUGCAAACCUCCUCUGCUCACGGAAUAGCUUCUCUAGUGACUGCUGCAAAACACUAAAGCCUGGUUUUGGGCGAACCCAGGGCUUUUAUGAAUUACAACUAUCUAAUAGUGGAUCAUUUAAAAUGUUCAAUGUGUUGUGCUGUAAGAGAUUAUUUUCUGUCAACUUGAAUCAGUCUAGUAAUCCUCAUGUGAUCUGUAAAUCUUGGGCAGCAAAUAUCUCUCGGUGCUGCCCUUGCAGUAAGCCCCCCCUUUUAACGCCUAAGCAACAUUACACGAUUACUAAACUUUAGCCCCACACCACCUUAACACUUACCUUUUAUAUAAUUUGAUGUAAAAGAUGUAUAACAUCAUACCGUGCAUUGUGGGUAUAUUAUUUAUGGGUAAAUAAUGCCAUUUCUUAAUCAUUUGACUUGUGGGUAAUUAUGUUCCAAGAAACCAUCAAUGGCAUUAUUUUCCUUUCAUACAUGGUUCAAAUGUCCUAUCUAUCUACCGAUCGAUCUCUCUGAAUUGUUAGCAUUCCAGUUUUCUCACUCUUAUCUGCCAAGCAGUUUAUCAGUAGUAAAUUUUUGAGGUGAGAGCUUUGUGUUUGUUUUUUGUUUUUUUUCCAAUAAAUUUUGUUCUCUUGCAGCACAAAUGACAGUUGGCAGGUGGUCAUAUGGGAUGAGUGCAGAUCAUGAAGAAAUCCCAGUGGGUCCAAAAAUCCAGAAUGUCACCAAGAAGACACCUAAGAUUGUCACUUUCUGA